UCUCCUUCAAUUAUCUAAAAUUAAAAAAAAAACUACUCUUCUUCCUCUCUCACGCUUUGAUAUUUAAAAUUCUGAAUCCGUCAUGGCUCGUCCACAACAACGAUUUCGUGGUGUCCGUCAGCGACAUUGGGGUUCCUGGGUUUCCGAAAUUCGACAUCCUUUACUGAAGACGAGAAUAUGGCUAGGUACAUUUGAGACAGCAGAAGAUGCAGCACGAGCAUAUGAUGAAGCUGCAAGGCUCAUGUGUGGACCAAGAGCACGGACGAAUUUCGCAUUUAACGAUACUGAUUCUCAUUCAUCAUCCUCGACCAAGUAUCUAUCUGCUGCAUUGAUAGCUAAACUACAACGAUGCCAGAUGAAAUCUCUUAAUAUGGUGAAUAAUCGACCUGGAACGAUGAAAUUAGAAGAUCAAAAUGACCAGUUAUCAUCAUGUGGAAACAGGGGAGAUCACGGCAUUACUAGAAGGAGUGUGCAAAUGAGUGUUGAAAUGCCGGUAAAAUAUGAAAGCCAAACAGAGAAUAAUAAUACGCAAGAAUUCAAGUCACUUGAAGAUCAUCAAAUUGAACAGAUGAUUGAAGAGUUGUUGGAUUAUGGAUCAAUUGAACUCUCCUCUGUUUUGCAAGAAUAAGACGUCAAUGUGAAUGUAACACUUUUACAUUCUAAUGAAAUCCUUCUCUGUUUCUUCUCUCUG